UAAAAAAUGGAGAGAUUUUACUUAAAUCAUCAAGUAAACCAAUUUAUCCCAAAGGUUCCCGACUAGCAGACUGUUAAUGAUUGGCAGAAAUUUUUAUGUUAAAAAAAGAAAAAAAUGAUUUUUUAAUCUAAUUAAUAGGGUCAUUUUUUGUAAGGGUUCUUAUGCUUGAGUUUUUGUUUACAUUUUAAUAUAUUUUUACAUUUUUAUCUAGUGACCAAGUGUCUGGAACAUAAGAAAAAAAUAUUGAAAAAUAAAAGAACUGGACAAUACUGCAAUGACUAUAGUACUGCAGAAUACUAGUGAUUACUGCAAUAAAUUUUGGUUGAGCCAGGCGUCUAUAUAUAUUUUUUUGUUGCACGUUCUUUGUAUAGCUUAACUCCUAAAUAAAUCGGGUCAUGCUAAAAUCGGAUAAGUCACAAAAAUUGAAAAUUGAGUUAACAAUGGUUUUCAUGUUUCAAUAGUAGGUUUUAACUGUUUAUGAUAAAAUCAGACAUGCCAGACUCUUGGUUACCCUGUAACUGGAAUCAGUUGUAGAGCUGUUCAUGCUAGAAGGAGUUAAGUCAUUGACUUUGAAGGAGUUAAGUCAUUUUAGCAUAAAAAAUCAUCUUAUGUCGUCUGUAGAUGUAACUACGCAAUUGACUGCAACAGAUAACUGUUUUUGUUUUUAUUUAUUUUACUGAUUUGUAUAGGUUGACCUAAAUAGGAAUUAACUUUAUAUCUUUUGUUUUUAGUCUUAUGUUGUUGUACUGCUAUACAGUACCUAAAAACCUAAAUUAACCUAAAUUAGAAUUAAGUUUAUGUUUAACUUUAUGUCUUGUGUUCUUAUUCUUGUGUUUAUUGUACUAUAUAUAGCUUAACCUAAAUAGGAAUUAACUUUAAGUUUUGUUUUCUUAGUAUUAUGUUAUAUCAUAAAUAAGUUUGAAAUAUGGAAAUAAAUUCAGAUGAAAGUGAUGGGGUUUUUGAGAAAAAUUCAGCAAAGAAAAAGAAAACCAGAUCAAAGUCUUUGGAAGAGAAACAUUGUAAAGGUUUCUAGAAUAAAAGGUGAAGAUUGUGUUAACUACCAAGGAAAUACUGUACCUCAAAAGUGUACUGGCUUUCCCUGCAGCUGCAAGAGAAACAACUGUCUUGAGACUAUUAAUGAAGAGGAUCAAAUGGAUAUAUUAAACCAUUUCCAUGCCUUCAACACUAAAGAUAAGCAAGAUUUUUUCCUACAAUCCUUGAUUGAUUCUCAAGAAGUAAACCAGAGACGACCCAAAAAGGAUGACAGUUCUAAAAAAAAAAGUGUUGCCUUUAAGUAUCAUGUUAUGGUGGGUUCUGAUCAAAUGCCGGUUUGUUUUAAAGCUUUUUUAAGUUUACAUGCAGUUACUAAAAAACAAGUUGAAAGAUUGCGAGCUUUGAAAAUGAUUGCGAAAAGCCCAGUUGAUAAUAGAGGACGUCAUAUAAAGCAAGUAUUGUCUGAAGAAAUCAAACUUUUUAUCAGACAGCAUAUUGAAAGCUUUCCAACUAAAGAAAGCCACUAUCUUGGAAAGCCUAUAUGCUAUCUAGGUGCCACAUUAAAUGUUAAAACUAUGUAUAGGCUGUUUAAAGAAAAAUACUUUUCAAUAAAAGUUGGAGGAACAAAGUAUUUCAACUACUUUAAAGAAAACUAUAGUUUUUCCUUUGGAAGGUCACAAGUUGACAUAUGCUGCACUUGCGAGGAACUUAAUAUGAAAUUAAGGAGUCCUCGUCUCAACGAGGCAGCAAAAAGGUGUGCUCAAUCUGAACUUGAUGUUCAUAAAUGCAAAUCAAAAAAGUUUUAUGAUCGAAUCCAAAAAGACGUCAAUGACAAGGACAAUAGGCAAAUUUUAUCAUUGUGUUUUGACUUUAUGCAGAACAUACAGAUCCCAAAAAUACCAGUACAAGAAACCUUCUAUCUGAGACAACUUUCAGUUAAUGUUUUUUGUAUUCAUAACAAUAAAAGUAACAAAGCACAGAUUUUUGUUUACCACCAAGGUACAGCAGGCAAGGGUCCAGAUGUAGUGUGUUCCCUUCUAUUUAACUCCUUAAUGAAAGUAGAGCAGCAGUUUACUGAACUCCACUUAUUCUCAGAUAAUUGUUUGGGCCAAAAUAAAAAUCAUUCAUUAUCUAGGCUACUCUUAGCUAUGACUGAUUUAAAGAAAUUUGAAAAGGUUGAGCAAUUCUACCCAAUAAGAGGGCACUCCUUUCUACCAUGUGAUAGGGAUUUUAGCAUAAUAAAGCGAGAACUAAACCGACAUGAUAGACCAAGUAUGUGAACUUAUUACGGUAUUCUCCAAAAAUGAUAAAUUUAUAGUACAAAAAGUUCAAUCUUCAGAAAUUUUAGACUUCAAGGCAUGGUGGCCGCAGUUUUAUAAAAAAAGUUGUGUUUCUGAUGAAACUAAAGGUAAGCAAGUUAAAAAGAACAAAAAGCAGUACUUUUCAAUAAGCAAGUUCAUGCACUGCACAUAUGAUAUAAAAUUUCCCUCUAAGGUUAUUGGACAAUCUUUCAUAGAUUCUAUAAUAAAUCACAGCUUUUCUUUUAGAGCAACAGGUUGCCCAAACUUAUGUUUUCCAUGUAAAAAAGCUUACCUGCAGGAAAAGUAUCAAUAAAGAUUGAAAAAAUGGCAGACAUAAAAAAAUUACAACCCUAUAUUCCAGUGGAGUUUGAAGACUUUUAUGCUAAAAUUUAUAUGUGGCCUACAACCAAAAAAGUUGAAGUUGAAAACGAUGACUAAGUUGUCAUUGCUUAAUUGCUUAUCUCAGACUAAUAAGAUUUAUUUGAAUAUAGUAUAUAUUUAUAAAAUGAGUUUCUUAUAAAUUAGAGUAUAUGCAAAUAUUGAU